UCCCCAAUGGUUGGUAGUGACCCUCUCUCCUCCCGUGUUGGUAAUGUCUUGUCGAAGGCAGCUGGACCGGGGCUGAUGAAAGCAUUUCUGAGGGAAUCAAGGGGACAGACUGCACCUGGUGACAACGUCCUGGUGGAGGGAAUGUCUGGUCUCAGCUCUGGCUGUGUCUUCUUCCUCAGCUGUGCACACUGGGACAACAACCCCCAAGGACAAGCAGUACAGGCUCUGAGGCAGGGUGUGAGGAAAAUCCUGACCUCUUGUGAGAAGCAGGGCUUCCGUUCCGUUGCCUUCCCUGUAGUUGGAACUGGUGUGGUUCUCCAGUUCCCUCACAACGUGGCAACGCAGGUUCUGCUAGAAGAGAUCCGUCGGUACGAGCAGAACCGAGCGAGCAGAACCCCCUUUCUUAUCCGCAUUGUCGUCCAUCCCAAUGACAGAGAUCCUACCAAGGCUUUUCAAAUUGCCCAGAAUGCUUUGCAUCUCAGAGGGUUCGUAUUGGGUGCUCGACCAGAGCAAGACAUCAGGAUUGUGCUGCUGGGGAAAACCGGAGGAGGUAAAAGCAGUGCUGGAAACACCAUCUUCGGACAAGAUGAUGUGUUUUUCGCAGGCAGUUCAUCCACCUCCGCAACUCAGAUAUGUGAAGCGCAGACCAAGAACAUCAAAGGAAGAAACAUCACCCUGAUUGACACACCUGGAUUCUUUGACACUGACAUAACUGAAGAGGAGCUGAAACCUAAAAUAGUCAAAUGUAUAACAGAGUGUGUUCCGGGGCCGCAUGCCUUUCUCAUUGUACUGAAAGUGGAACGGUACACAAUCCACGAGAACGAAGCCGUGGCGAAAAUCGAGACAUAUUUUUCACCAGAGGCCUUCAAAUAUACCACAGUCCUCUUCACUCAUGGUGAACAACUCAAUGGUUUGACCAUUGAGAAGUUUGUCCAACAGAAUGAUAAACUGAACAAGCUUGUGGAGAAAUGUGGAGGCCGCUGUCACGUCAUCGACAACAAAUACUGGAACACCAAUCAGCAGGGUCGGCACAGCAACCAGUACCAAGUAGCAGAGCUACUCAACACCAUAGAGAAGAUGGUGAGAGAGAACGGAGGAGGAUGCUACACCAACGAGAUGUUUCAAGAGGCAAAGAGAAAAAUAAAAGUAGAUAUAGAGUCUUAGAAAGGCGUCAACGGGCCAGAUGUCAGAGGAAGAGAUGAUAAAACGGGCUAAAGCAAAAGUGAGGAAGAAACUCUUUAUCAAAUUCUCAGGUAUACUAACAGGUGUAGUGCAGUGGCGGUCAGUGCCAUUUAAGAUGAGGGAGGACAAUUUAUUUUCAUGAGCAUGGCCAUAUUUCUAU